UCCAUUGAUUCACAAAAUUUUCCACUUCAUUUUGCACAUAAUACUGUUCAAAUUCUACAUCCUAAGUUAAAAAUUGUUGGGGCAAAAAGUUUGGUAGAGCCAGAUAGUCUUGCUGUAGAAAAUUCUGUUGAAGCUGGGAAGAACCUUGUUAAGGCAAGAAGUAUUGUUGGUGCUGUGGGAGAUUCUGUUGAAGUUAGGAAGGAUCUUGUUGAGACAAGAAGUAUUGUUGAGAUGGGAGGUUUUGAGGUAGGAAGCUUUGAGAUAGGGAGCUUUGAGGCAGAAAAUUUUGAG